GCCGACUGUGUGGGUGAACACAAAGUUGGUCACCAGAAAGUAGUUCAUCCAUUGUAUUUUAUCAAACACCACGCUACUGCAGUAACGCCUGCAUGAUGCAAAGGCAACAAGAGCGACUUGUCACGGACCGCGAGCUCGGAUGCCCAGGAGAAAGGUCCCAACGCCAGGGUCGCGGCACAACGUCGCGGGCUCGACGGCCUGGUGCGCUCGCGCGCAGCGUCCAAAUGGCACGGCCGCAAGCAGGAACGGUAUCGACGCCUAGGCGCGAACCAGGAUCGCGCAGAAGUCUCCAGAAGCAGCCUGUGAAAAGGAUAAGGACCAGAAUAGUGCUGAGAAGAGAUAAGGAUCUAGAGUCUCGUCCCGUGACAAGUGGUAUCAGAGCGUGGUUUGACAGCCUAGUUACGUGGAGGAGAAUCGUGACAAUGGCAAGCCAGGGGGUUGAGGCUAGCAAAGUUGCAGAGGUUCCAAAGGAGAGGGGUCGUCGGGAGACCCGUGGGGACGCUCGGAAGAAGAGAAGGUCCAAGGCAUUGUCGCCAACAUCGCGGGAUGCAUUUACAGCCUAUGAGGGGAGGCUGGUCAAGCUCGAGCUAGCCAUGGGUGAUGUCCAUGAGCAGCUAGACACUCUUGAUUCUCGGAUGGAGGAGCAAGAGGACAGGGGCGGCAGUGUCGAAGAGCUUGAUGGCAAGCUCCAAGGUGCCCUUAAUUCGGUUGUCGCUGACAUGCACAAGGCCAUGGAGGAGUUUCGCGGGUCCAUUGCAGCAGAGGUCAGCGCACUGAAGGCGGAGCUCAGCGAGGUCAAGGGGGACCUAGCCUUGUGCAAGGCUGCCAUGGCCGCUGGCGUUGCAGCUGGCGGUGCGCCCAGUGUGGCACCCAAGCUGAAGGUGCCCGAUCCACCCAGAUAUGGAGGUAAGCGUGACUCUAAAGAACUCGAUAAUUUCUUAUGGAUGGUUGAAAGCUAUUUAGAUGCUAUGAAUAUUUCCGAUGAUUCUGCAAAAAUUCGUAUGGCAACCAUGUAUUUUGAGCAUGAUGCCACCCUGUGGUGGAGACGCCGACAUGCUGAGAUGCAACGAGGCUUAUGCAACAUCAACACUUGGGAGGUGUUCAAGGGGGAGUUCCAUAAGCAAUUCUACCCCGAGAAUGCUGAAGAGGCAGCCAUGAAGAAGCUUCGUGUGCUCAAGCAUACCGGGUUGAUCAAGGACUACAUCAGGGAGUACAACUCCUUAAUGCUUGAGAUCCCCGAUAUGACUGAGAAGAAUCGGCUACUCUACUUCAUGGAUGGACUACAGCGGUGGGCUGAGCAAGAGCUGAAGCGCCGUGGCGUUCAAGACCUUGCGUCAGCCAUAGCGAUUGCUGAAUCACUUAUCGAGUUCAUGGAUGGACUACAGCGGUGGGCCGAGCAAGAGCUGAAGCGCCGUGGCAUUCAAGACCUUGCGUCAGCCAUAGCGGUUGCUGAAUCACUUAUCGAGUUCAGCAAGGAACCUCCUAAGAGAGGCAAAGACAAGAAGGGUGGCUCGAGCAAAGGUGGUGGAGACAAACCGCACAAGGCCUCCAAGCCUUUCAAAGGCCCAGAGAAGGCAGGGGAUGGCGGCAAGAUGCAACCCAAGCGGAACAAGCUUAACGCCAUCAUCUCAGCGAUUGGGGAGCCAUCCCAAGCGGGGGAGACGAGUUUGGGAGCAAUGCAAAUUCUCAAUGCCAUACGGGCUAAGGUGCAGAGCGGGGGUGGCGCCAAGGCCCGUGCCGUGGCUGAACAGAAGGGUGUCGGCAGGACCCUCAAAUAUGUUAAUGUCAAGAUCAAAGGGGUAAGCGUCCGUGCUCUAUUGGAUAGUGGCGCUAACCAAAAUUUGAUUGCAGUUUGCCUUGCGGAGAAGCUGGGUCUGUCAUACACUAAGGAACCAGGAUGGGUGAAGGUGGUCGAUAAUCCUUCUCAGCCCAUCUGUGGCAUUGCACGCGGAGAGCCCGUGCAGAUAGGCUCAUGGUCGGGGAAGCUUGACUUGAACGUCAUAACCAUGAGCGACUUCAAGCUGGUGUUGGGUGGUGAGUUUAUCGACCAACUGUUGCCUUUCACCUUCACCAAAGAUGGCUGCAUACGCUUUGAGGACGGGAACCAGAGUCACAAGGUGCCCCUGGAGCGGCUACCCGUUGGAGACCGCGUCCUCUCAGCUAUACAAGUAUCCAGAGGCAUCAAACGAGGUGAGGAUACUUAUCUAGCUGCUUUAAAGGAAUAUAGUACCUCGUCUCUUGAUGUUCCACAGGAAGUUCAAGGCAUUCUCCACGAGUUCGAAGAUGUGAUGCCCCCGGAGUUGCCAAAGAAACUUCCACCACGGAGGGAGGUCGACCAUGCCAUUGAGCUGGAGCCUGGUUCGAAACCGCCAGCAAUGGGUCCAUACCGCAUGGCUCCACCUGAGUUGGAGGAACUCCGGAAGCAACUCAAAGAGCUACUAGAUGCAGGGUUCAUCCGUCCCUCCAAAGCACCUUAUGGAGCACCAGUGCUGUUCCAGAAGAAGCAUGACGGGACCCUCCGCAUGUGUAUCGACUACCGGGCGCUCAAUAAGAUCACAGUGAAGAACAAAUACCCCAUUCCUUUGAUUGACGACCUAUUUGACAAGCUUGGGAAGGCACGAUGGUUCACCAAGCUCGACUUAAGGUCGGGGUAUUGGCAAGUGAGAAUAGCCGAAGGGGACGAGGCCAAGACCACCUGUGUGACGCGUUACGGUGCAUACGAGUUCCUGGUGAUGCCUUUCGGCCUCACAAAUGCUCCAGCUACUUUCUGCACCUUGAUGAACAAAGUUGUCCACCCAUUCCUUGACAAAUUCGUGGUGGUAUACUUGGACGACAUUGUUGUCUACAGCGAGACGCUGGAGGAGCAUGUGCAGCAUCUUCGACAAGUUUUCCAAGUGUUGCGCGAGAAUGAGCUCUACGUGAAACAGGAGAAGUGCUUCUUUGCGCAACAGGAGGUGAUGUUCCUAGGCCAUCGGGUAGGCCAUGGGAAGAUAUCGAUGGACUCGGCCAAGGGGUAUUCGGCAAGGGCCACACCCUUGACGGACUUGCUCAAGAAGAAGGUCUCGUGGGAGUGGACAGCGGAGUGUCAACGAGCCUUUGAGGACUUGAAGCAAGCGGUGAGCCAAGAACCAGUGCUCGCAUUGCCCGACUAUGGGAGGCCUUUCGAGAUGCACACUGACGCAUCCGACUUGGCGAUCGGAGGAGUCCUGAUGCAAGACGGCCAUCCCAUAGCAUUUGAGAGCUGCAAGCUCAAUGACACGGAGAGGCGGUACCUGGUGCAUGACAAGGAGAUGACUGCCAUCGUCCAUUGCUUGCGGGUAUGGCGUCAUUACUUGCUUGGGAGCAGGUUCGUGAUCAAGACUAAUAAUGUAGCUACGAGCUACUUCCAAAGGCAGAAGAAGCUCACGCCCAAGCAAGCAAGAUGGCAAGACUUCUUGAUCGAAUUCGACUAUGUGAUGGAGUACAAGCCUGGGCGGGCUAACGUGGUGGCAGACGCGCUGAGCCGCAAGGCCACGUUCACCUCCAUCAGCCGACCUAAGAGUGACAUACUGGAUCGUGUCAAGGAAGGCCUGGCACAUGAUCCCUUAGCCAAGAGUCUUAUGGAGCUGGCUCGUGCAGGCAAGACGCGACGAUUCUGGUGCAAUGAUGGUGCUCUAUAUACUGUGGGGAAUCGCCUAUAUAUCCCGAAGUGGGAGAAUUUACGAUGGGAGCUGAUGAAGGAGUGCCACGACUCGAGGUGGGCUGGACAUCUAGGGAUCAAGCGCACCAUGGCACUGCAAGACAAGAUCGAGCAACGACAACCUGGAGGCCUCUUGGAACCCCUGCCAGCCCCAGAACGCCCAUGGGAGUGCGUCACCAUGGACUUCAUCUCAGCUCUCCCACAGUCUGAAGGGUGCGAGUCUAUACUGGUCGUAGUUGAUCGAUUCUCGAAGUAUGGAACCUUCAUCCCAGCCCCACGGGAUUGCAAGGCAGAGGAAGCCGCACGCUUGUCUUUCAAGCACGUGGUGAAGUAUUGGGGGCUUCCUUGCAUCAUCAUUAGUGAUCGGGAUCCGAGGUUCACAGGGAAGUUAUGGAGGGAACUUUUCAAGCUCAUGGGAUCAGACCUCCACUUCUCUACGAGCUUUCAUCCGCAGACGGACGGGCAAACGGAGCGGCUGGAUGUGGCCAAAGUCUACUUGGAUAAGGCCUCCAAAAAGAUGAAGAAGUGCGCAGACAAAGAGCGACGACCACUGGAAUUCCGAGUGGGUGACCUUGUGAUGGUGAAGCUGCCAGCCCAGCAGUUUAAAGUCUAUCGACAAGUCCACAAGGGGCUGGUGCGUCGAUACGAGGGACCCUAUCCGAUUCUUGGAAAGGUAGGAAAGGUGUCUUACCGUGUCGAUUUGCCACCAAAGCUGAAGAUACACCCGCUGAUCGGGUCAUUCGGCAACGGGGAGUUCCCAACCACACAGAGUACCUGGUCAAGUGAAAGGAUCAGCUCGAUGACGACGCCAGUUGGGAACGCGAGGAGGACUUGUGGCAGUUCUCGAGCGCCAUCGAGGCCUACAAGACUAGGAAGCUUGACGAGGGCGUCAAGAGCUUUGGUGGGGGAUAGUGUCAUGGACCGCGAGCUCGGAUGCCCAGGAGAAGGGUCCCAACGCCAGGGUCGCGGUACAACGUCACGGGCUCGACGGCCUGGUGCGCUAGCGCGCAACGUCCAGAUGGCACAGCCGCAAGCAGGAACGGUAUCGACGCCCAGGCGCGAACCAGGAUCGCGCAGAAGUCUCCAGAAGCAGCCUGUGAAAAGGAUAAGGACCAGAACAGUGCUGAGAAGAGAUAAGGACGUGAACAGUGCUGAGAAGAGAUAAGGACGUGAACAGUGCUAAGAAGGGAUAAGGACGUGAACAGUGGUCUGGUCCUGGGCUGCCUGUAGAAAAUUCUA